CUUCCUCAUCUCUCAUCCCUUGUUAGUCCCAUUAUUCCUUCCGUCUAGAUAUUACUUAAUUGCUUUAAUUUCUUUCUUCAUCAGUAGUCAUGGUACUUGCUGGUAAGCUUAGUACUGAAAUUGGGAUCAAAGCCCCUGCUGCCAAGUUCUACGACCUCUUCGCAAAGCAGCUUCACGAUGUUCAAAACCACUGCGAGAGAGUGCAUCACACCAAACUUCAUGAGGGCGAGGACUGGCAUGAAGUUGGUUCCGCGCUUAAACACUGGACUUAUGUUAUAGAUGGCGAGGUACACACAUGUCAGGAGCGCAUUGAAUCCGUUGAUGAAGAGAACAAAACAAUCAAAUACAGCCUCUUCGAUGGAGAUAUCGGUCAGCACUACAAGACCUUUCUGCUAACCCUUCAAGUGAUUGAGAACAAAGAUGGCCAUGAUACUGUUAAAUGGACUGUUGAAUAUGAGAUGCACCAUGAGGAGAAAGAACCACCACAUGGUUGGAUGGAGUACGUGCAUAAAUGCACUAGAGAUAUUGAUGCCAAUCUUCUCAAGGCAUAGCUCAAGAAGUUAUGAAGAAGAAAACAAAUGGGCUUGGUUUGAUGAUAAGUGCUUAUGGUGUGAAGUUUGGUCACCUACUUGUUUGCUUCUGUUGAUCGUUUGUAUGGAAUAAAGAUAAAGAUGCAUUUAUAUAUUCGGUGAUGUAUGAAGAAUAUGUAAUUAAAUUAUGUAUGUUUAGAAGUUCAUCUAAUGCAAUAAAUAAAUGGAUGUUUGUGUGCUUUA